UCAUUUUAGCCAGUGCCCAGGCUAUCAGCAGAAAAAAGACAGGUGGGCAGCAUGGCUCCAGGCGAAAAGGAAAGGGAGGAGGGCCCAGCCAAGAGAGCCCUCCGGAAGAUACGCACAGCCACCCUGGUCAUCAACUUGGCCCGAGGUUGGCAGCAGUGGGCGAAUGAGAACAGCAUCAGGCAGGCCCGGGAGCCUACAGGCUGGCUGCCGGGAGGGACCCAGGACUCACCCCAAGCUCCUAAACCAAUCACACCCCCUACUUCACACCAGAAAGCUCAGAGUGCCCCAAAGUUGCCACCCCGAACGCCAGAAGGACAUGGAGAUGGACAAAGCUCAGAGAAAGCUCCUGAGGUUUCUCACAUCAAAAAGAAAGAGGUGACCAAAACGGUGGUCAGCAAGGCUUAUGAGAGAGGAGGGGAUGUGAGCCACCUCAGCCACAGGUACGAGAGGGAUGUUGGUGUGCCUGAACCUGGGCAGCCAGAGGAUGACAUUGACAGAAUCCUCCACAGCCACGGCUCCCCAACGCGGAGGAGAAAAUGUGCCAACCUGGUGUCUGAGCUCACCAAGGGCUGGAGAGUGGUGGAGCAGGAGGAGCCCACGUGGAGGAGUGACAGCGUAGACACAGAGGACAGUGGCUACGGAGGAGAGGCCGAGGAGAGGCCCGAGCAGGAUGGAGUGCAGGUGGCUGUGGCCAGGAUCAAGCGCCCCUUGCCCUCCCAGGUAAACAGAUUUACAGAGAAACUCAACUGCAAAGCCCAACAGAAAUACAGCCAAGUGGGCAACUUGAAAGGGAGAUGGCAGCAGUGGGCUGAUGAACACAUACAAUCCCAGAAGCUCAAUCCUUUCAGUGAAGAGUUUGAUUACGAGCUGGCCAUGUCCACCCGCCUACACAAAGGAGAUGAGGGCUACGGCCGCCCCAAGGAAGGAACCAAAACAGCUGAAAGGGCCAAGCGUGCCGAGGAGCACAUCUACAGGGAAAUUAUGGACAUGUGCUUCAUCAUCCGCACAAUGGCUCGCCACAGACGCGACGGCAAGAUCCAGGUUACCUUUGGAGAUCUCUUUGACAGAUACGUUCGUAUUUCAGAUAAAGUAGUGGGUAUUCUCAUGCGUGCCAGGAAACAUGGACUGGUAGACUUUGAAGGAGAGAUGCUAUGGCAAGGCCGAGAUGACCAUGUUGUGAUUACGCUACUCAAAUGAACCUUCAAAAACAAAAGCCAAAUUUGGCCCACUAUUGUCUUAAUGCUAAAUGCUCAUGCAGGUAAAAUGAAAAUGCAAACUCUCUGUAAUAACUUAGUAAAUAUUAAACAAUUUUUACAUAAAUGACUUUCUGGCAUUCUAUUUCUACCUAGAAUGAGGAAGCUUGGAGAUUUUGAGAAAGCACAAAGCAUUUCAGAAAGCAUAUAAAAUGUAAAUAUAUAGAAAUAGUACUAAUAGUUGAAAUUCCACAGUGUUUUUGUUUUGAGACGGUUCUCUUUAUGUCACCAAAGCUAGUCUUUUAACUCCUCAAGUGAUCCUCUCACCUUAGCCUCCCAAGUAGCCGGGAUUAUAGGCAUGAGCCACAGCACGCAGCCACUUGUAUGUUUUAGGCAAAAUAUUUAGCUGUUCAUUGUAGAAACUACUACAGAUUUUUAAUUAAACAUUACAUCUAAGAAGAAUGCUGAGUUGAGAUAAAUAUCAGCAGAACAUAUAAUAAUGUGUCUUUAUUUGGAAAAAAGAAAAUACCAUUAAGUUUGGUAAAAUUAAACUUAAAAUUUUUUCAGAAGCUUGACUUUGUAUUAUUGUUUAUAUCAUAGCAUCACUCACAAAACAAACACAUAUAUAAAAAGUUGUCAAGAUGUUGCUGAAAUUGUGAAGUUCUCUAUGGGUUUGGAUUCUAACAGGUUUCCAGUAAGAGUUCACUUCCUCUUGUUUGAGCAAAUCACAUAAAAACAGAUACUUCCUGUCUUAGCACCAACAAAGGAAGGCACACCCACACUAAAAGUAGGGCAGAGGUGAGAGAUUCAGAUUGACUUGCCUUUGUAGGACUUCUUGGAGAAGUUUAUUGUUUCAUUACAUGUCAGCAUAUAAUGAGUCAAGCUGCUUGCAUUUAUAUCAAUACAAUGAUAUAUAUUUCUCCAACAAUGGAGAAAUACAGAAAACCUAUGAAGUGGAAUGUUCAGUAUUAGAAGAAUCCCAUAGAAUCAUUGGUGAAUUAAAAACAGAUUUGAGGCAGUUUAAUUUUCCUCAUACUGUAACAAAGAAAACUUUACAAAAUGUUUAAAAGUCAUAAAACUGCAAUAUUAGUUCUGCAAAAGUAAAAAAAUACAGUUAUUAUGAUGGCAAGGAGAAAAUCAUUUGACAUUAAUGUGCCUAUGUGAUCUUAAAAACAAAUGGAAUGGAAUGCGAGAUUGCACUUCUUACUGGAUUCAAUGAAAGUUACUAAAAUGCAUUGAUAGAUAGUAUAGCACUUUGGUGUUAAAUGUAAAAAUUAAUGUCAAAAUAUGAUACCUCAAAAUAAUAGGUAUUAGAUUGCUAUAAGAAUUAUAUUUGUUUUCAUGUAUGAGUCUCUUUCAAACUGAAGGUUCCGGUAUCUUCUUUAAGAAAGUAUGUAUAUUUUGUUUCCAUACCGUAUUUAUAGAGCUACCAAUUAAUGACCAAUAUUUCUAAGUAGGAUUUCAUAUAAGCAGCACACCUCUAUUACAAGUGAAACCUAUGCCAAAUGGUAAAGACAAAUAGCACAAGAAUAAAAGAUGUUUUCUUGUA